AACACGUGUCCCUGCCAUACAGCCACAACUCUUUUUGAAGAAACUGUAAGUGUCUAUUGAAGCAGUCAAUGCGUGUUUGCGCAAUUCCCUCCAUAAAUAUCGGCCAUUGCUGGGGCCAUAUAGUAUUGCCCCUUCAUUCAUUUGACCAAGGUACAGCCAGUGAGGAAGAAAUAUUUUCUUGUAAUCUUAGAUCUGGUGCCAUCAAUCCGACCAUGUAUGGCGUGAUCACUCCAGUGUUGGCACCAAUGCCGUUGGUGAUGCCCUCAAAGUGACCGCAUAGUUGGGACUUAUGUACAGACAACUUAGUUUCAUUCUGGAAUAGAAGGCACCCAUAAGAUGGUGAAGAAACCGACGACAAGAACACGACAAAAUCCGGAAUAGGUGGCGCCCAUUAUGAAAAUGGCUGGACCAAGGGAUGCUGUAGCCUGUGGAAAGAUUUUCAGCACUUGUUUGCCGCAAUUCAGGCGGCCAGAGAAACAAGUGGACACGAGUCACGAUCAGCCAGUCGGAGCCUCUCAUGAAGAUCGCCAGAGGAGAGAGCAACAUGAACACCACGGUGGAGAGAAUGCCAAUGACCAGGAUCCAUACACCGUCAAAUUUCCCGCCCAGCAUACCGCCAGGAAUAUGCGUGACGAUUUGACCAAUGAGAAGGAAGACAGAAUCAGGACCUGCAGACAACGUGCUUCCUUAGCCCAUCCAACGAAAUCCUGUUGCCAGUUUAAAAAUAUUAACUGUCAAUCUGUAUUUGGCGACACUUGGAUGAAGGAGAGUUGGCUGGAGAAGGGCGGUCUGAAGUAUUGGUAG